UUGAUCAAAAUCUAUGUAACGUUUCUGGCUGCACUUCUCCCCUCUUCGGUGGGGUUUGAUGCAAUUCCACUUCUCUAGUUUUAUGAGAUUACCAUUUUUUUUUUUUUUCAUAGUGAAGAAAUAUGAGUGUCAAAAGAAAAUGGACAUUUUUUUAUAUUAAUGUUGUUAAUUUAAUAUCAUUAAUGUAGGCCAAAACUGAAGGAGCAGAUGCAGUACUGCAUUGAUCACCCAUAGGAGAACCUUGUUCCACAUGAUGGAAGCUAUUGGAACCACAGCUCUCUCUGUUUCCCUGGAGUGGUUGAUCAAGUAUUUGGGAUCCAAGUCCAGUGGAUGGUGGAAUUCACAAAGUCAGGUUCGUGAUGACUUGGAAAAUUGGAAAUGUUUUUUGCCGAUAUUAUGUGCUGUGCUUGACGAUGCGCAGAUGAGACAAACAGCUAAUCUUGCUGUGGAGAUGUGGCUUUCUGACCUCAGAGAUGUAGCUUAUGAUAUGGAGGAUGUCCUUGAUGGACUAGAGGCUGAUGAACGAAGGAAGAAAUUGACUGCAAAAACUGAUCAACCCAGCACAGGUAAGGCACGAAAGUUGAUCCCCAUGUGCUGCACUGGUUUUAAUCAGGAUGAUUUGAUCCUUAAUCGUGAGGCUGUUUCCAUGAUAAAGGAGAUUUCUGUCAGAUUGGAACGUAUUGUGAGAGAAAAGGAAGCACUGGACUUGAAUGUUGGAGAGGCAAGAAGUAGCGUAGCAGCUCCACGAUGGGAGCCGAUCACUACUACUACUUGGUUACCUGAACCUCAUGUUUAUGGUCGAGAAGGUGACAAAGAUGCCAUUCUUCAGAAGGUGUUGAAUGAUGAAGAUGGUGAUGAAAACCCUUGUGUGAUUCCCAUUGUUGGCAUGGGUGGACUAGGGAAGACCACAUUGGCUCGACUAGUUUACAAUGAUGCUGAACUGGAGGGUGUGUUCGAGCCUAAAGCUUGGGUUUGUGUAUCUGAUGAAUUUGAUAUUCUUCGAAUAACAAGAUCUAUUCUUGAACAAAUCACUCAAAAUAAGUGUGACUCUGAAGAUCCUUCUGUACUUCAAGGGAAGGUGAACAAUAUGUUAUCCGGAAAGAAGUUUCUUCUUGUAUUGGAUGAUGUUUGGAGUGAGGACUAUUGCUGUUGGGAUGUAUUGCAAAGAGUUUUUGUAUCAGCAGCAGUUGGGAGUAAAAUAAUUGUUACAUCACGCAUCGAGGGUGUUGCCAGAACCAUGAGAGCAAGUGAUAGAAUUUAUCGUCUUAAAGUGCUUCCAGAGGACCAGUGUUUGUCAUUAUUAGCUAGACACGCAUUGGGAAGGGAGAACUUUGAUGCACACUUGAAACUCAAAGAUAUUGGUGUUGCAAUUGUAAAGAAGUGCAAAGGGUUGCCAUUAGCUAUAAAAACCCUUGGAGGACUCCUUUGUGGUGAGCUAAAUCCUGACAAGUGGGUCAACUUAGCAAAGAGUGAGAUGUGGGAAUUACCAGAAGGAAGAAGUCACAUUCUUCCAGCUUUGAGAUUGAGCUAUCAUCAUCUUCCUGCCCAUCUAAAAAGGUGUUUUGCCUAUUGUGCUAUUUUCCCAAAAGAUCAUGAAUUUCGAAAGGAUGAUUUAAUUUUAUUAUGGAUGGCUGAGGGAUUUAUAAAACAGCAGCAGAAUGGAGCCAGGCAAAUUAAAGACAUGGGAGAUCAAUACUUUUGUGAUUUAAUUUCGAGAGGGCUUUUCCAACAAUCAAGCCAUAAUCAAUCACACUUUGUGAUGCAUGACCUUGUGCAUGAUUUAGCGCAGUAUGUUGCAGGAGAAACAUGCUGCAAUUUUGGAAAUCUGAUAGAGAGUGAGAAAAUGGAGGUUAAUUUUGAAAAGGCACGCCAUGCGUCAUGCCCUAUUACUUUUUAUGGAGUUGGUUAUUCUAAAAUGUCUCGGUUUCUGCAAAACCCCAAUAAUUGGUUUCUGCAAAACCCCAAUAAUUUGCGGACAUUCCUAGUAUUAGCUCAUGGUGGGUCAUAUCUUCUUAUUGAUGGAUUUUAUCAGGAGUUCAUACAAAAAUUAAGAUGCCCAAGGGUCUUAUCUUUGUAUGAUUGGAGAAUAUCGGAGCUUCCAAAUUCAAUUGAGAAAUUGAAGCAUUUGCGCUACAUAGAUUUGUCACGUAGUGCAUUACAAAGCUUACCGAGUUCUGUGAGUUCUCUUGUGUACUUGCAAACAAUGAUACUAUACAAUUGCAACAAAAUCAGAGAGUUACCGGCUGGAAUUGUGGAUUUAGUUGACUUACAUCAUCUUGAUAUUAGGGGUACGUCUAGCUUACAGAAGAUGCCACCCCUAAUGGGCAAUUUGAAAAAUCUUUUGAUGUUGCCUAAAUUUAUCGUAGGAGAAUCUGGUGGGCUUCGAUUAAAAGAGUUGAGCAACUUGAAGGAUCUACGAGGUAAGCUACUUAUCAAAGAUCUCCAUAAUGUCUCCGAUAUUCAAGAUGCCCCAAAGGCCAACCUAUGUAAGAUCAAGGGCCUUGAAAAGCUAACAUUGGCAUGGACUAAUGACUUCCAGAUUUCACGAGAUGAAAGUUAUGAAUUGCAGGUACUCAGUCAAUUAAAGCCUCAUUACAAUUUGAAAAGAUUCAAAAUUGAUUCAUACGGAGGCUUGGAGUUCCCAUCUUGGAUAGGCAAUCCAUCAUUUUCUAAAUUAGAGUGCUUGAAACUCUAUGAUUGUAAGAGAAGUACUUUAUUGCCAAGGCUUGGACAAUUACCACAACUCAUGCGGCUUGAGAUCAAUGGAUGCCCUCAAUUAGCUUACUCUCCAGUGAGUCUUCCAGCACUUCAGCAACUGUAUCUGCACGAUUGUAAAGAGGCAGUUCUCAGGAGUGUGUUUGAUUCCACUUCACUCACCAAGUUGCGUAUUAGCAGAAUUUCAGAGCUUACUUGGUUGCCUAGGAGCAUCACGCAAAACAUGACCGCACUUGAGACUCUGGAAAUUGAAGCAUGUGGUGAACUUACUUUCUUAUUGAAGGAUGGAGACAGUCUGUCGAGCUUUUCCAGUCUUAAGGGGAUGCGUAUUUAUGACUGUCCUCUCCUAAUAUCGUUAACAGACCUUCUACCUCUUACUCUUGAAACUUUGACCAUCGUUAAUUGUGACAACCUUGAACUCCUACCAAAUGGACUACAUAGCCUCACCUCUUUAAAAGAACUGCAUAUCCGAGGAUGCAAAAAGUUCGUGGGCUUUUUGGUGACUGACUUUCCGUUAUAUCUCCAGACCCUUUUCUUAAUUCAUUUGGAGGCUUUGGAGUCAUUACCUGAAGAGUUGAUGAUGACAACAAAAGAAUUAUUUAUACAAAGAUGUCCACGCCUCAAAUCUUUUUUGACAGUUGAGUUACUUUCCAGACUUAAAGAGUCCACUGCUGAGAAUUCUGAAAAAUCUGAGUUCCUGGGGAAGGGUGAUGAUAGGAACACUGUGACAGUGAAUCUUGAAGGAACAAGUAUUUCUGGUAUGGGAAAAUCCAAUUUCCCUAUUGAUUGCAAGCACAAUCUCAGUCGUCUCUGCUUCUUAAAAAUAAAAGGUUGUAAAAGUUUAGCGUCCUUGCCAGAGAGGUUGCUGUCUACCUCGACUCUUAUAACUCUGGAGAUAUCAGGUUGUGAUAAUUUCGAGUCUCUGCCCAAUGGGAUGUACAAUUGCACGUCUCUCCAAGAAUUAGUUAUAAGAAAUUGUCCAGGUAUAGUUUCCAUUGCAGGGGGAGGUUUACCGCCGAAUCUUAAAUGGCUUGUGAUCGAUUGUGAGGGCUUGAAGCAGUCAAUGUUAGAAUGGGGGCUUGACAGGCUUACGUCUCUUGAGAAAUUUCAGAUUCAUUGGAUAUGUCCUCCGGAUGAUUUGCUUCCCACUUCCCUAAAAACUCUUACAAUAGAAAGAGUAGGUAAUCUGGAAUCCAUAUCUAAAGGGCUCCUCCAAAACCUUGCUUCUCUUCGAGAGUUGAGAUUUAAUGAUUGCCCGAAUCUCAAGACCUUGCCAAAGGAAGGUCUGCCUCCCUCGUUGGAAGUGUUCGAAAUGAAAGACUGUCCAUUUCUAGAACAACGGUGCUUGAAGGAAAAAGGAGACUAUUGGCCCCUUGUAUCCAACAUUCGGGAAAUAAAUACACCGUCAAUUGGACUCAGGUAUCCUACCACAUCCUCAGCAUGUUCUUCAUCUUAAUUUGAACAUAGAAAUUUGUUACUACCAUUCCCUCGUUUAGCAAAUUAAUAUAUCGUUGUUAAUUUAAGGUAAAGCAAGAGGCUUUGUUCCUGCUCUUUUAUCUUGAAAUAGCCAUAAUUUUCUAAUCAAUUCUUUCAUCUGUUCUUUCAGUUCUAAGGUGUAUACUUGAUCUCACUUUCAGUGCAUUUUUCUUUAUGAAUUUUGUAAGAUGACGACAUUAUGUUUUUCAAGUUCAUUGAGAUGAAAUGUGCACAAUCACGCACUGAUUUCCAUUUUUUGUGCAUCAUAUCAGUUUACUUUUUCGUAAUCAAAACUAGUUCUGUUG